GAAUUGCAGUGUGACGUGUCUGUUGAGGAAGACAAUAGGCAAGAAUGGACCUUCACUCUCUACGAUUUCGACAACAAUGGCAGAGUUACCCGUGAGGAUAUUACAAGCUUACUUCACACCAUCUAUGAAGUUGUGGAUGCUUCUGUCAAUCAUUCACCCAACUCGAGUAAAACUUUGAGGGUUAAGCUCACUGUUGCUCCAGAUGGGAGCCAAAAGAAGAGAAGCAUCAUGUUGAACCACACUGAUCUUCAAAGCUCAAGGCAUCGAGCAGAGAGCAAAGCUGGUGAAGAAGCUAGAAGUUGUGACAAGAAGCCAAGGGGUUCCCUCAGGUACCACCAUGGAGAAUCCAAGCCUGAUCCGAAUGGAUGCUACCAUCACUGCGUUGAUGAAAACAUUGAAAGGAGGAACCACUAUUUAGAUCUCGCAGGAAUAGAAAACUACACCUCGAAGUUCGGGCCAGGCUCUCCGCCGAUCGCUCAGAAGCACAACCCAACCGUUCGGGUUGCCAAUCAAGCAAGAUCCCGUUCCCAUGAGCCAGAGGCCUUCCACGCCCACCAGCGGAGGUCCCCUGUGGUGGAUCCUGCCCAUAUCAAUUUGGUGGAAGCUUCGUACGCCAAGCUGGCCGAAAUCCAGCAGAGGCUGCGAAGUCAAGAGGCCAGCAGGCAUUUUGUGAAGUCUCCCAAGACUCAAAGCAAAAACACGGCUUCCGGUCACGCCGGAAGGGCGAUGAGAGGUAAACCCAUCCAAGGAGUACCGCUUCCCAUGGCUUCUCCUACUGCGCGGAUAGGCCAGAACCUACCUUACCACCCCAUGCAGUCCCAGCAGACUUAUAAGAAGCACAAGCAGAGGGGGAAAGAGACUCACCAAGUGUGCAAAAGCUUCCCAGCUGCUCCUGGGACAGUGGUGGAAAAAGAGCACGUCAGAGAUCUGCCUGCGGUCAUCUUGUACGAAGGCCAACUCGGGCAGGUGAUCCAGAGACACGAGCAUCACCACCAUCACGAACACCAUCAUCACUAUCACCACUUCUACCAGACAUGAAAUGGACUUCCUCCUUCUCCGCCUCUUGGGAAGUUCUCCCACACUAUGAAGGAAGGCAUGUUAUGGCCUCUUGGGUGGGGGGGGAAAAAGAUUGGUGUUGUCCUUAUUCAUGUUAGUAUUGUUGCUAUCACAUUUAAUAUUCUGCUAAAGCUAUUUUAGAACUUGUAUGAAAAACACUAAAAAAAAAAUUAUAAUGGUGAUGAUGAUGAUGA